CGCUCACCAACCGCAGACAGUGGCACUUUCCACGCUCUGGAGACAUCGCACCGUCGUCCCCUGAGGCUCCACUGGGACAUUUUAUCCAAGAGGCUUCAGAGUUUGAAGUUGAAUCUUUGGAGAAUGCGUUUGUGUUAGGACGGGCCAAGGAGAUGGAGCAGAUCUGACCGGUCUCUGGACGUCUCAAACUCUUUUCUGAUUCGGAGCCAAACUGUCGACAUGAGUUUGAUGGACAUCUCUAAGAUCUUCUCGCUGCUUCAGCCCAAAGAUGAAGACGAGGAGAGCGAGCAGGGCCAGACGCUGAACAACGCCGUGAGCCGUGACGACGUGGCGUUACUGGCCCAGCUUCUGUCCCAGGACUCCUACAGAAAAUGCAUCAACGCUCGGAGCGGGUGGGGCGUCCCCGUCACCCCUCUGCGUACGGCAGCUGCACUGGGACAUCUCCGCUGCCUGGAGCUGCUGCUGGAGCACGGCGCCGAGAUUGACAGCCUGGACGUGAAGGCGCAGACGCCGCUCUUCACCGCCGUCAGCGGGAAACAUCUGGACUGCGUGACGGCGCUGCUCAAGUCCGGAGCCGACCCCAACGGCAGCCAGUACAACAACUGCUCUCCGGUACUGACCGCGGCCAGAGAGGGCGACGUCGAGGUCCUCCGCGAGCUCCUGCGCUACGGCGCCGAGGUAGACGUCAAACCCAAAGUCCCGGAGUGGGCCGCCAACGCCACGGCGUGCAGGGGCCCGCUGUAUAUGUCCGCCGUGUACGGGCAUCUGGACUGUUUUAAACUGCUGCUGCUCCAGGGGGCGAACCCGGACUUUAACUGCACCGAUCAGAAGAUGCUGGCCCGGGUCAAGCAGCCGCAGACGGUGCUGGACGUGUGUCUGCGCUACGGCUGCGGCGCCGAGUACAUCCAACUGCUCAUAGACUGCGGCGCCAACGUGUAUCUGCCCACGCCCAGUGUGGACAAGCUGACCAAUCAGAACGAAGCGCUAGGCAUUCUGCUUCAACAGAGAGUUUGUCCCAGGACGCUGAUGUCCCAAACACGACUCGCCAUCAGAAAACACAUCCCUUUAACAGACAAAGAGGCGGUAAUAGACAGUCUGGACAUCCCUUUAGUAAUGAGGAAUUACCUCAAAUACAACCGCAGCGAGACCAGGGUUUCCAUGGAGACCGGCUGACCCUCGACAUAAAUGUGGCCGUUGGGAUCAUCGUCCAGAUCUGCAGGUUCUUGAGUCUGUGGCUCUUUCUCUAAAUGAAUAACAUCUUUUAGUUUAGUUCAGGCCACAGCACAAACACGUCACUGCAGUGGUCCAUGACAUCAUUCAUGCCUUAGGCGAGAAACAACACUGGGUGGCGCUCUUUGUUGACUCCAAGGUCUUUGAUAGCAUAGACUCCAGUA